AUAAUUUCAAGUGAAUCCCCUAUUUAAAAUACAGAUAGCAAGAAGCAAAUGCAGAUAAAAAUACAAUUUUAAAGAAGUAAGAAUUCUUUUUUUUAAAACAGUGUCAUAAUUGGUAACAAAUACCCAUGACUCCUACAGAAUAUCAGUUUUCUUUUAUAUACAUCUUUGUCAAAGUUGUAUGUGUUUACUCCCAUCUCUUUAACCUAAUGUGCACAGAGAAAUAAAAAGCAACCAGUUGAAUCAGAAUCAGGUUUAUUAUCUCUGGCCUGUGUCGUGAAAUUUGUUAACUUGGCAGUGGCAGUUCAAUGCAAUACAUAAUAUAGUAGAAAAAUAAAUAAAUAAAUUUCAGCAGAUGUGUAUUGGAGAUUAAAAUUGUGCCCCUUAUCUGAAAUGUUUGUGGCCAGAAAUGUUUUGAAUGUUAGAUUUUGGAAUGUAUAAUGAGAUAGCUUGGGAUCACCAUUAUUUUCUGACUCUGAAUUUAUGUGCUACCAGUCUUCAUCUUACACUUGUUCAUCACACUUACGCACAUCAGCAUGUUAUAUUUUCAUCAACGACAAUCUUGGGGAACACAUCAAUGAAUUUCUCUGCUGCUUCAUGAUCAGCAGGCACUUUAAUACUACAAAGCUUUAAAAAUCUGAUGUUGUGUCUUAAAUUUCUGCAACCAUUUAAAAUCAUCUUCAAUCAUCAGUUUCAUGACUGGCAUCCCAGUAAGAAGCUCUUACACUGAGAAAUCCACUCUUUCAAUACCUAUCCAUAUCUUCUUUUUUUUGCUUUAUGUACUUUAAAAAUGUUCAUUAAUUUCUGUUUAUUACAUAUGUGAGCUCACUCCUCAGCACUGCCUGUAGUAUGCAGGGACCUGCACAUCGACUGGGAACCAACCCAGUUCCCCAUGGAAUUAUCCGUUUGUGAUGUCAUGUCAGUACUCAAAAAAUUUUGGAUUUUGGAGGUUUUCAGAUUUCGGAUCAGGGGGUGUCCGAACUUCCGCUCCACUCUUUGCCUUUUCAGACGCAAACCAAGGGCUGAUUAAAUUCAUUUCAAUUUAUCAUCCACGGGACGAGCUCCAAACCCAUGUGAAACGACUUUGAAGCCAACACAUCGGUCUUUCUCGCCGGUCGGAAACGGGCGCUUUGAACACCGCCCCUGUCCCGAAGUUGCCUGGGUGGAAGUGCUCCGGCAGGUGGCAGUCGUUGCCGUGGCGGUCCGCGCCUGCGCUGGGACUUGCAGUGCGCGGUCGCUGGCGAAGGGGGCGCUGUUGGCCGCCAGCGGGAUUGCGAGGGAGCAGGGAGCGAGAGCGCCGGCGAUGUUCCUCCCUGGGAGCCGCAGGUUCGCUUAGUUCAGCCUCGGGUGAAAGAUGGCCACCGCGAAAAAGGGCAACGGCCGAGGGAGAAGCGGCACCGACAACAACGGCGGCAAAACUCUUCCCACUGCUCUGGCAUCCCCCGACGCCAUCGUCUUGCAGCGCUUCACAGGAUAAAUUUCAACAAGGGAGGAGGGGGAGACGGAAAGAAGCACCAACCUUCAUCUCUCCUUCGUCCGCUGGAGACCUUUUUAUUCCCCUGGAUCGUUCGUGAUUUCAGGAAAGAAGGGAAAAUGAACAUGGUGAAGAGAAUCAUGGGCCGUCCACGGCAGGAGGAGUGUAGUCCCCAGGAUAAUGCACUUGGUUUAAUGCACUUGCGUCGUCUGUUCAUGGAACUCUGUCAUUCACCUCGGCAUAUGACGCAGAAAGAACAGGAAGAGAAGCUGUACAUGAUGCUACCAGUUUUCAACAGAGUAUUUGGAAAUGCUCCCUCUGGCACUAUGACCGAGAAGUUUUCAGAUCUGUUGCAAUUUGCUGCCCAGGUGUCACGCUUGAUGGUAACAGAAAUCAGGAGAAGAGCCUCAAACAAAUCUACAGAGGCAGCUAGUCGUGCCAUUGUCCAGUUUUUGGAAAUUAAUCAAAGUGAAGAAUCAAGUAGAGGAUGGAUGCUUCUCACUACAAUCAACUUACUGGCGUCAUCAGGACAGAAAACUGUGGACUACAUGACAACAAUGUCCCUCCCUUCCACACUGGUUAAAUGCCUCUACCUGUUCUUUGAUCUUCCUCAUGUGCCUGAUGUACCAGGAGGAGCACAGACAGAACUACCAUUGAGCGAACGACGAGCACUGUUGCAAAAAGUGUUUGUGCAGAUCUUGGUGAAACUCUGCAGCUGUGUGUCACCAGCAGAAGAACUUGCCCAAAAAGAUGACCUACAGCUACUGUUCAGUGCUAUUACCUCCUGGUGUCCUCCCCACAAUAUUCUUUGGAGAAAGAGUGCAGGAGAGGUGCUAAUGACCAUAUCUCGCCAUGGUCUUAGUCUCAAUGUGAUCAAAUAUAUUCAUGAGAAAGAAUGUGUAGCCACAUGUAUCCAGAAUAUGCAGCAAUCAGAAGACCUUUUACCAUUGGAAGUUGUUGAAAUGUUUGCUGGGCUCUCCUGCUUUCUUAAAGACUCCAGUGAUAUAUCACAAGUUCUAUUGGAUGAUUUUCGGUCUUGCCAAGGUUACCAAUUUCUCUGUGAUCUUCUGCUCAAAUUGGAGCAAACAAAAGAGCUUGAUGCUAAAGAAGCAUUAAAAGACUUGGUACACUUGGUGACUUCAUUGACAACCUACGGGAUCAAUGAAUUAAGACUCACAGGCAUAAGUAGUGGAGCACCUUUCCUUCUGCCAGGAUUUGCAGUACCACAACCUUCUGGCAAAGGUCGCACAGUAAAAAACAUCCAAGCCUUUUCUGUUCUUCAGAUCGCCUUUUUAAAAGUGAAAACAAGCCAUCUUGCCAGAAUCAUUUUAGAUGCCAUUUCAAACAUCUAUAUGGCAGAUAAUGCCAAUUACUUCAUCUUAGAAUCUCAGCACACUCUCUCUCAGUUUGCUGAGAAGAUUUCCAAAGCCCCAGAGGUGCAGCCCAAGUACUUUGAAAUAUUGGAGUUUAUUAUCUUCAGCUUAAACUAUAUUCCGUGUAAAGAACUAAUAAGUGUCAGCAUCUUGCUAAAGUCCAGCACCUCUUACCAAUGUAGCAUCAUCGCAAUGAAGACGCUUUUGAAAUUUGCACGCCAUGAUCCUAUUUUUAGGGAUGUGUAUCGAGAGGUUGGAUUACUUGAGGUGAUGGUGAAUCUUCUGCACAAAUAUGCUGCUCAUUUAAAAGAACCCAUUCAGAAUUCUAAUGAUCCAGAAUCUAAAGCAAACUUUUCAUUGGAAGACCGGAAUCAGCUUGCCCUAUUGGUGAUGGAGGCCCUGACUGUACUCUUGCAAGGAUCAAACACAAAUGCAGGUGUUUUCCGGGAGUCUGGAGGAGCACGAUGUGUUCAUAAUAUAGUGAAGUAUCCCCAGUGUCGGGAAUCUGCACUGAUGAUCAUACAACAGUUGAUUUUGUCCCCUAGUGGUGAUGAUGAUAUGGGUACCUUAUUAGGACUGAUGCACACAGCUCCACUUACAGAGUUACAGCUCAAAACUGAUAUUCUCAUGGCUCUCCUUACUGUGCUGAGAGAAAGUCAUCGCACACGGACGGUGUUCCGAAAAGUUGGGGGAUUUGUUUAUGUCACAUCGCUGUUAGUUGCAAUGGAACAAUCUUUGAGUAACCAACCUAAAGGAGUGUGGGAAAAGGUGAACUCAAACCAAGUCUUUGAACUGGUGUAUACUGUUAUCUCUACACUGACAGCAGCAAUGCGUUACGAACCUGCUAAUUCACAUUUCUUUAAAACUGAAAUUCAGUAUGAAAAACUAGCAGAUGCUGUGCGUUUGCUUGGUUGUUUCUCAAAUACACGACAAAUAUGUGCGACGACCUCAUAUCCGUUAAAUAUCCAGCCAAUUCAAAAAAUACUUGAAGAUGAUGCAUUGUUGGAUUCAGCAGGUCCCACACUGAAACAUUGUAGUAAACUUUUCUGUUGUCUGUACAAAAUGGCCACGGAUUCUUUUGACAGGCCGGGCUAUCAUACAGUUUCAACUCCUCCUGUAUUGCCUGCCAAAUCCAUCUCAGAACUGAAGCUACUCAAUGCACUGACUUCCUUGCAUUAUCCUGAUGCAGUCAUAAUACAUCCAGGAGCAGUACUUGCAAUUUUAGACCUCUUGGCCUCAGUCAGCUUCGACGAGCAAUUUGAGCAUGCUUUAGCUCUUCAGUUUGCAGUGGCUAAUAUUUUGCAAUCACUCAUCCACUUGGAGAGAAAUCAGCAAGUGAUGUGUGAUGCUGGACUUCAUGCACGGCUUUUACAAAGAUGCAGUUCAGCUCUGUCUGAUGAAGACCAUCCUCUACACCCACCACUCCAAAGGAUGUUUGAGCGAUUAGCUUCACAGUCGUUAGAGCCAAUGGUCCUUAGUGAGUUUCUCCGUCUUGGUAACCCAUUGAAUUGUGGUGCCUGGGAUAAGAAACUAAUUAAUGUCUAUAGGGUCCACAAGCCAAGUUCAUUAAGUUGUGAAGCAGAUAUGAGAGGGAGUGAAAUAGUUGGAUUUGGUCCUGAAAAUGUAUUCACCUUGAAUGAAGACAACAGUCACUACAAGAUUAGUAAAAGCUUGCUCAAAGGGGGAGAAGGAAGCACAGUACCUCUGACCAGGGUGAAGUGUUUGGUCUCCAUGACAACACCACAUGACAUCAGACUUCAUGGUUCAUCGGUCACCCCAGCAUUUGUGGAGUUUGAUACAAAUCUGGAAGGUUUUGGCUGUCUGUUUUUGCCUAGUUUGGCCCCUCACAAUGCACCCAUUAAUGCUUCAACCGCUACAGGAGGAAUUAACGACGCAGCUGUCACAAGCGGACUUGGCACAGGUGAACGAUUCUUUCCACCUCCAUCUGGACUUACUUAUUCAACCUGGCUUUGCAUUGAGAGAUUUAGUAACCCUCUGAACAAUCAUCCUGUUAAGCUUCUUACCCUUGUGCGGAGAUCGAAUUCAUCUGAACAGCACUAUGUUUGUCUUGCUAUAAUCCUUUCUGGGAAAGACAAGUCCCUGUUUGUUUCUACCAAGGAGGAGUUGUUGCAAAACUAUGUUGAUGACUUCAGUGAGGAGUCGUCCUUUUAUGAGAUUCUUCCUUACUGUGCUCGAUUUCGCUGUGGUGAUCUAAUUAAUGAGGGACAGUGGCAUCACCUAGUGCUUGUGAUGAGUAAAGGCAUGUUGAAGAAUAGCACUGCUACGUUAUAUGUGGAUGGUCAGCAUGUUAACACAGUAAAGCUUCACUAUAUCCACAGUUCACCUGGUGGGUCUGGAUCUGCAAAUCUGCCAGUUGUUAGUACAGUGUAUGGUUACAUUGGAACACCUCCAGCUCAGCGCCACAUCUCAUCCUUAAUAUGGCGUCUUGGACCCACUCACUUUCUGGAGGAUGUUUUACCAGCUACCAGCAUCAGUAUCAUUUAUGAAUUGGGACCAAAUUAUGUUGGUAGCUUCCAAGCUGUGGGUAUUCCAUGCAAGGACUCAAAACCUGAAAUGGCAAUUCCAUCUCCCAUCAGCCUGAUUCCUGAAGAGAAAGUAUCAUUUGCACUUUAUGCACUAUCAGUCUCUACACUUACGGUGGCCAGAAUUAGGAAAAAUUACAACAAAGUGGACAGCAAAGCAAUAGCCAAACAGAUGGCCAUUUCCUCUCAUGAAAAUGCUACGCCAGUAAAACUGUUGCAUAAUGCUGCAGGCCAUUUAAAUGGACCAGCAAGAACUAUUGGUGCAGCUCUGAUAGGAUACUUGGGUGUAAGAACAUAUGUUCCGAAGCCUGUUGCCACUACAUUGCAAUAUAUUGGUGGAGCAGCUGCUAUUUUGGGAUUGGUUGCAAUGGCGUCAGAUGUUGAAGGUCUCUAUGCUGCUGUGAAAGCUCUUGUUUGUGUGGUGAAAAGGAAUGCAUUGGCAAGCAAAGAGAUGGAGCGGAUUAAGGGAUAUCAGCUCUUGGCCAUGCUGCUGAAGAAGAAGCGGACUCUUUUGAAUAGCCAUAUACUUCAUCUCACAUUUUCAUUGGUGGGAACAGUCGACAGUGGGCAUGAGACCAGUAUUAUUCCUAAUUCUAAUGGAUUUCAGGACUUGCUUUGUGACUUUGAUGUAUGGCUCAAUGCACCAUAUGAACUUCAUCUCUCAUUGUUCGAGCACUUUAUUGAACUUCUGACAGAAUCAAGUGAGGCUUCACGAAACGCCAGGUUAAUGAGGGAAUUCCAGUUGAUACCAAAGCUGCUGCUUACUCUGAAAGAUAACUUCCUGUCACAGUCGACCAUUGCAGCUAUCAGUAAUGUUCUCAGCCUUCUGCUGCAAGGAUUUCCAAACAGCAAUGAUCUGCUCAGGUUUGGACAGUUUCUUUCCUCUACAUUGCCUACUUUUGCAGUCUGUGAGAAGUUUAUUGUUAUGGAGGCUAUCAGUGAGGAAAAGGAAGAAGGUGUUGAUGAUGAUUUUGGUGGCCUUGUCUCAGCAAAUACCAUUCUACUCAGAAAUAGACUCUUAGACGUCUUGCUAAAGCUACUGUAUACUUCAAAGGAAAAAAACAAUGUUAAUUUACAAGCGUGUGAAGAAUUGGUGAAGGUAUUGGGUUUUGACUGGCUUCUGAUGUUCAUGGAAGAGCACUUGCAUCCCACAACUGUCACUGCAACAAUGAGAAUUCUUGUAAUACUGCUAAGCAACCAAACAAUCCUUGCCAAGUUUAAAGAAGGGCUUUCUGGAGGAGGCUGGCUCGACCAGACGGACUCUGUUCUUACAAAUAAAAUUGGCACUGUAUUAGGUUUCAAUGUUGGCAGAAUUGCUGGGGGUAGAUCAACAGUGCGUGAAAUAAACCGUGAUGCUUGUCAUAUCCCUGGUUUCUCUAUUCUACAGUCAUUCCUACCCAAACAUACAAAUGUGCCUGAGCUCUAUUUUCUGUUAAUGGCCCUUUUCCUCCAGCAGCCAGUUACCGAACUUCCAGAAAACUUGCAAUUUGAUCUGGAUUCCAUUUGGUCGUUUAUCUUUGGUGUUCUUGCUUCGAGUGGAACAGUGAUUGCAUCAAUUCACACUGUAUGUGCAGAGGCUGCUUUUUUAUUGUUGGGAAUGCUGAGAAGUAUGCUCAAUCUUCCCUGGCAAUCUGAAGAGGAAGGCUCUUGGCUUAGGGAAUAUCCAGUCACUUUGAUGCAGUUUUUCCGGUAUUUGUAUCAUAAUGGUCCUGAUUUGACACCUCUGUGGACAAGUCCAGAAUUCCUCUGUGCAUUUGCAGCAACUGUUUUUCCCUUCAACAUCAGGCCAUAUUCAGAAAUGGUGAGUGAUCUUGAUGAUGAAGUGGGCUCUCCUGCUGAAGAAUUCAAGGCAUUUGCCGGUGAUACUGGCAUGAACAGGAGCCAGUCGGAAUAUUGUAAUGUGGGGGCUAAAACUUUCCUCACUAAUCAUCCUGCCAGAAAGCUUGUAUUUGACUUCAUGCGUGUUCUUGUGAUAGAAAAUCUGUGCCUUGCACCUGCUAGUAAACAGACUACUCUUAUAGAUAUGCUUUUAGAGGCAUCGCCUGAAAGAUCAACACGAGCUCAGCAAAAAGAAUUUCAAACUUGCAUCUUGGACAGUGUAAUGGAUCACUUAUUAGCAGCAGAUGUAUUGUUAGGUGAAGACUCAACAUUACCUAUUGCUACUGGGGGAAGUUAUAGUGUAUUAGUGAACAACGUAUUUUACUUAACACAGCGACUUGUGGACAAACUUUGGCAAGGCAUCUUCAGCAAGGAAUCCAAACUUGUUGUUGACUUCAUUAUUCAGUUGAUAGGACAAUCAAAACGAAGGUCCCAAGGACUGUCUCUGGAUCCUAUUUACCAUUGCCUUAAUCGAACCAUACUAUGCCAGCUUUCAAGACCGCAUAAGACUGUUCCACAACAAGUUGCUCUUCUGGAUUCCUUAAGAAUCCUGACAGUAAACCGUACUCUUAUUUUAGGACCUGGCAAUCAUGAUCAAGAAUUUAUUGGCUGCCUGGCUCAUUGCUUACUUAGCCUCUACACUGGCAGUAGUCUUGAGGGGUUUGGUCUGGAAGCAGAAGCCAGAAUGACAACAUGGCACGUCAUGAUACCGUCUGAUCUCGAACCAGAUGGAACUCAUAGCCAAGAUAUUAGUGAAGGCCGACAGCUUCUUCUCAAGGCUGUGAAUCGGGUUUGGACUGAACUAAUUGUCAGUAAAAAACAAGCUCUUGAGGAGAUUUUCAAAGUAACACUACCUACAAAUGAGCGUGGACUGGUGGACUUAUCUACAGCUCGGCCACUCAUUGAAGAUGCAGCUUUAAAGUGCUGGCAAAAUCAUAUGGCUCAUGAGAAAAAAUAUAUCAGUCGGGGAGAUGCAACCAUAGGUCCUGUGACACAGUCAAAAUUGUCAAGAGUUAGCAGUGGAUUUGGCCUGUCGAAGUUGACUGGAUCAAGGCGUAACAAAAAGGAAAGUGGAAUCAGUAAAAAUAACUUCACAUCUCAGGAAAUAUCUCAGUGGAUGUUUACUCAUAUUGCUGUCGUGAGAGAUUUGGUGGAUAUGCAGUAUAAAGAAUAUCAAGAGCGUCAGCAAAAUGUAAUGAAGUAUGUAACAGAAGAAUGGGCUCAGAUAGAGUAUGAGCUAUUGCGAGAGAGGGGCCUAUGGGGGCCUCCAAUUGGAUCACAUCUUGAUAAAUGGAUGUUGGAAAUGCCUGAAGGCCCCUGCAGAAUGAGAAAGAAGAUGGUCCGGAAUGACAUGUUUUACAUACAUUAUCCCUAUUUGCCAGAAAAUGAGCAAGAAUCUACCAGUCUCCAGAAACCUGCUCGUUACCGUAGAGCUAUUAGCUAUGACAGUAAAGAAUACUACCUACGACUUUCUGCUGGAAAUCCAACCAUGUAUCCAGAUACAAUUGAGGAGAGUUCAGAGGGUGAAACCACCCAGCAUGAGCCUGAGCAUGGAGAAGACACAAUUGCAAGAGUUAAAGGGAUUGUGAAGCCACCUUUGAAACGUUCACGUUCUGCUCCUGAUGGUGGAGAUGAUGACAACACAGAACCUUUCCUUGACCAGGCUUCUGAAGCAAGUUCAGUGGAAGAAGAAGAGAAGACCGAUAACCAAACACUCUUACGAUUAUUAGAAGAGGGAGAAAAGAUUCAGCAUAUUUAUCGAUGUGCUCGAGUACAAGGGUUGGAUACCAGUGAAGGACUCCUCUUGUUUGGGAAAGAACAUUUCUAUGUGAUUGAUGGUUUCACAAUGACUGCCACCAGAGAAAUUCGUGACAUUGAAACAUUGUCUCCAAACAUGCAUGAGCCAAUUAUUCCCAGAGGUGCACGGCAAGGCCAGAGUCAGCUGAAGAGGACUUGCAGUAAAUUUGCUUAUGAAGACAUCAAGGAAGUACAUAAGAGACGGUAUCUGCUGCAGCCAAUUGCAGUUGAAGUUUUCUCUGGUGAUGGACGAAACUAUCUUUUGGCCUUCCAGAAAGGAGUUCGAAAUAAAGUAUAUCAAAGAUUUUUAGGUGUGGUUCCCUCUUUGACUGACAGUUCGGAGUCUGUUUCUGGCCAGCGGCCCAAUACGAGUGUGGAACAAGGGUCUGGUUUGCUUAGUACACUGGUUGGCGAGAAGUCUGUAACACAAAGAUGGGAGAGGGGAGAGAUCAGCAAUUUCCAAUAUCUUAUGCACCUAAACACGUUAGCUGGCAGAUCCUAUAAUGACUUAAUGCAGUAUCCAGUAUUUCCAUGGAUCUUGGCAGACUAUGAUUCUGAGGAGCUUGAUCUAAAAAAUUCCAAAACGUUCAGGAACCUGGCUAAACCGAUGGGAGCUCAGACUGAAGAGAGAUUAGCUCAGUAUAAGAAACGGUAUAAAGAUUGGGAAGAUCCAAAUGGUGAAACACCAGCAUAUCAUUAUGGUACACACUAUUCUUCUGCUAUGAUUGUAGCUUCUUAUCUAGUAAGAAUGGAGCCAUUCACUCAAAUUUUUCUCCGACUUCAGGGUGGUCAUUUUGAUCUAGCUGAUCGAAUGUUUCAUAGUGUACGAGAGGCCUGGUACUCGGCAUCCAAACAUAAUAUGGCAGAUGUGAAAGAACUCAUUCCAGAAUUCUUUUACCUUCCAGAGUUUCUUCUGAAUUCCAACAACUUUGAUCUUGGUUAUAAGCAAAAUGGUACAAAAUUAGGAAAUGUGUUAUUACCACCCUGGGCAAAAGGAGACCCAAGAGAAUUCAUCAGAGUUCACCGUCAGGCACUGGAAUGUGAUUAUGUCAGUUCACAUCUGCAUGAGUGGAUUGAUUUGAUCUUUGGAUAUAAACAACAAGGUGUACCUGCAAUAGAAGCAGUUAAUGUCUUCCAUCACCUAUUUUAUGAAGGACAGGUUGACAUAUAUAAUAUUAAUGAUCCACUGAAAGAAACUGCAACUAUUGGGUUCAUCAAUAAUUUUGGACAGAUUCCCAAACAGUUAUUUAAAAAGCCUCAUCCACCAAAGCGAACACGUAGCCGGAUUAAUGGAGACAGUUUAGUUGCACCAACCUCCCUAAGCUGUGCCAUGGAUAAGGUCUUUUUUCAUCAUUUGGAUAAUCUUAAACCAUCUUUGACACCUGUUAAAGAACUCAAGGAACCAGUGGGACAGAUAAUUUUCACAGACAAAGGUGUUCUAGCAGUAGAACAAAACAAAGUCCUGAUUCCUCCAUUUUGGAACAAAACAUUUGCUUGGGGAUAUGCAGAUCUUAGCUGCAGAGUUGCAAAUUAUGAAUCCGAUAAGGCGCUGAUAGUAUAUGAAGGCUUAAGUGAAUGGGGACAGAUUCUCUGUGCAAUUUGUCCAAAUCCCAAGUUGGUUGUCACUGGAGGAACAAGUACUGCAAUCUGUGUUUGGGAAAUGGGUACCUCCAAGGAAAAAGCUAAGACUCUGACUCUUAAACAGGCACUCCAUGGGCACACUGAUGCAGUCACUUGUUUAACUGCUUCAUCAGCCUAUCACAUAAUAGUGAGUGGAUCACGAGAUCGAACAUGUAUUAUUUGGGAUUUGAAUAAACUAUCUUUUGUCACCCAGCUGCGAGGUCACAGGGCACCGGUGUCUGCUUUGUGUAUUAAUGAAUUAACGGGAGACAUUGUUUCUUGUGCUGGUACUUAUAUUCAAGUAUGGAACAUCAAUGGAAAUCCAGUGGUGAAUGUGAAUACGUUUACAGGACGCAGCCAACAAAUUUGGUGUUGUUGUGUAUCCGAGAUGAAUGAGUGGGACACACAGAACGUAAUAGUCACAGGACAUUCAGAUGGUGUGGUCAGGUUUUGGAGAAUGGAGUUUCUGCAGGUUCCAGAAACUCCAGUUCCUGAGGAGACUAGCAAACUUGCAGAAAAUAUGCAGGAACCUUCAGAAGAUGCACAAAUAGAUGGGGAUGCCCAGGAUGAAGAUAGCAGUGAUUCUGAAUUGGAGGACCAGAGCAUCCACGAUCUAAAACCGAAGCAAAGUUUAUCUGGCUCUACAGCACAUAGAACAAAGGGCACACGAGCGGCCUGGUUUGUAGAAGGCGAUGAAUCAAAACGCUGGGCUGAUCAACUUAGCAUAGAUGAAAAAGACGGGUUUGUCUUUGUAAACUAUUCAGAAGGCCAGCCUAAACUUCAGCCACCAUCUCAACAGCAGCCUCAAGUACAAAGUAAUAUGCAACAACCGCAUCAACAGUUAAUGCAGAGUGAAAUAAGACGUCACAACCAGCUAAGACAAGGAUACAGAUGGGAGCGACAGUUGGUGUUCCGAAGCAAGUUAACUAUGCAUACUGCAUUUGAUCGAAAAGACAACUGUCACCCUUCGGAAAUCACUGCAUUAGGCAUUUCAAAGGAUCAUAGUAAAAUUCUGGUAGGUGAUGCACGAGGUCGAGUAUUCAGCUGGUCAGUCAGCGACCAGCCUGGGAGGACAGCUGCUGAUCAUUGGAUUAAAGAUGAUGGAGGUGACUGCUGCUCAGGGUGCUCAAUGCGCUUUUCGCUGACGGAAAGACGCCAUCACUGUAGAAACUGUGGGCAGCUUUUCUGUCAAAAGUGCAGUCGAUUUCAAUCAGAGGUCAGGCGCUUGAAAAUCUCCUCACCAGUCCGCGUUUGUCAGAAUUGUUACUAUAACUUGCAACAGGAGAAAGGAGCUGAGGAGAGUGCCAGGAACUAGCAGGUCACUGAGCUGCAUCAGUGGUCAGACAAGAAUAAACAUUAUUGCUCUCAGCUAUUUCAAAUGAUUUUAUGCAAAAUGAAAAGUCAUGUUGAGGGUGGGGUGGGAAGAGUUUACAUAUUUAUUUGUACUGUCUUGAAGCACUGUAAUAUACUGAAUAGAAAGGGAUCAUUCGCUUUGCAAUUAAUGUGCUCAUCUCUAUACUUAUAGUUGCUGAGAGUAGUUCUGGACCUAAAACCAUCCCUCAAACAUCUUGGUAAUGUCAUUCAUAUUCAUUGAACUAGUGGCUUGUAAGAUUUUAGAUGUAAAUCUGCCAUCUCUGCAAGAAUCCUAUUUGUUUAUAGUGUAAAUAGUUGUAAUGGCCUUUUUAACAAGAGAAACUUCUGAAUUGCCUGUAACAAGAUGUCCUACUAACCACUGAAUGUGUGAAUUAAGAAACCAAUAAGUAGUGUGUCGAGUAUCAUUUAGUAACUAUUUUAAGAGAUUAAAAAAUGUGCGAAAGCUAACCAGAACUGUUAUCAUUUUUAAUAACAUUAAUAUCUUGCAUUUUUUUCAUUUUAAUUACUGUUUGAAUCAAAAUGUACAGAUAUGGAUUUGUUUACUACAUAGCUCACAGUAUCGAAAAGGGGGCAAUUGUAAUUACUCACGUUGCUGUACCCAGAGUAAAUGCUUCCUUGUGUUCAUGACUUCAGAAAAUAUUGAUAUUUACCUGUAGAUAUGCUAUAACAGUAGCAUCUCUAUUCCAGGACACACUUAUUUAAUGCUGUCCUUUUUUGGGAACAAUGGGUAUUUGUAAUUUCGGCACUUUAACUACCACAAUCCAAAACUUUGAUUUUUGCAGGUGUGGGAGAUAAGAGAAUUAACUAAGGACUCCCUUAUUUUAAGUUUGACUAUUAAAAACUUGAAAUAAUUUUAUUAUUGUAAGUUUAAUAGGCGUAUAUCUACUUUAUCCAAGUUAUUCCCAAAAUGUUGAUUAUUUUAUAUCGCAAAAUUUUCUCUGAUCAGUUACUGAAUUAUAACAGUAAACUGCCAUUUUAAAAUUUAAAACAAUUUUAUGCUUUGCUAGAAUGUAUCCAUUGUCAGAGUAAAGGGACAAGGCAGCUUCAGUUUCAGCUUUUUGAGAUUCAUACAUUUAUUAAGAUAACAGCACAACUAAAGCAUUAAUGUGGUAAUCUUGUUUGUUUAGCUGCUCAUCAAUAGUCAUACAGUGAAUUUCACAAAAUGGCUUCCACACAUCUAGAUUGUUAAAAUUGCUGAAAUUAUUUAUUGUAUCAGUUAACUCAUUGUUUAUGGACUUUGGCAGUUGGCAUGUUGCUCUGGAUUUAGCCUGCCCUGAGUAGUUAUUUGUGGAAAAGAAACUACAAUACAUUAAAGAGUACCAAUGAUUAAAUCUGAAAAGGACCUCAGCUGUCAAAAAAUACUGCUGUUAGUCAACAGCUUUAGUCUGAAAGCACACUGGGGAAAUGAAACAACUACUGGUAGUUGUUAAUGUGUUAAGUUUGCAAGGGUCUCUUGGAAUCAGAAAUAAUUGGCUGUUAAAGACCCCUUUGCAGUAAUACUAUGGGCAGAAAACCUUCUUGUGUAAAAAAAUGCUGCUACCAGUGCAAGGAUCGCCUCUUAGUAUCACUGUUUAUUUAGAAUUAACUUUUCUGUUAAAAUUGUGAUGGGCAUAUCAAUACAUACUACCAUAAUCUGUAGAAAGCACUUGAGCAAUUCAUGUUGUAGUAAGUAUACUCCAUGUGUGUAACUAACAUAUUCAUCUUCUCCUUUCCUCCUGUUGUAAAACACAUUAUUCAUGUAUACGUAUCUGUAUAAUGUAUUGUGCAAUUUGUACCGUUAUGCUUAAAGGUAGAACCUGGUGCUGAAGUGCAGCAGUUGUCUACAACAAUACUAAAAGUUAUAGAAAAUUAUUUUGCACCUUGCUAUUGUGUAUAAAACUGGUAGGAAUCAUUUUAUCAUAUACAUUUAUCAUUUUAAAGACAGCAUUUCUUUACAGUAAAUGAACUGUAUAAUAUUUAUGCAAUUAUACUACUUUGAAAGUAUUUUUAAUUUCAGCAAGUUUUGUUACUUGUUGCAUGAUUAACACAGCUGACUUUUUGUGUCAGUAAAAUGUAAAUUGUUUUCCACUUUUUUGUUGUGUUUAAUAUAUCAACUAAUUAUUUGUACCCCUUCCCAAAAUUACCAUAAUCUGUACAGUAAUGAAAAUGAAAACAGGCUAAACUGGAGUGGGAUUUUUCUACUGUAUAUGAGAAUUCAAAUCCGUGUUUUGGUGGUUCCUGUGCUAGACUGAUGCAUUAUAUUAGUGUGUAAACUGUGGUAUCUGAAUGUUCAUUGUAUAUUUGUCUUUAAUGAAAGAGCUACAGUCACACAAUACAUAUGUAACUAAUGCAAUAGCAACAAGUCCUGGUACUAAUUUUUUCCAUUUAAAUAAAUACCUGCUAUUUACCACCAAA